AUGGACGCCAAACAAGAGGUCCGGCAGCAUGCUGGUGCCAAGACCGUUGAGCGAGACAUUGGUGUUCUGGCAGUAAAUCUGCUUGCUUUCCGGGUCGGACAUAUGGCGGAACAAUGGACCUCGGACUUGGGUGUGUUGGACGAGCUAUGCGAAGAGCUGUGUGAGGUGUUCGAAGCGAGGCAGGACGACGAUGAGCUCAAAGAGAUCUGCAUCGAGCUACUUGCCAAGGAGAAUCUGCCCAGGCCACGAGGAUGGUAUGCACAGCCUGGGUUUCUUGACGAACAGGUUCGUGCUCGCGAGGCGCAGCACGAAGCAGUCGUGCAACUCUUGCUGACCACACCUCAGGAGAUGGAGUCUGGCUCGGAGGUCACAUCUGACCCAGAGGAGGAGUUCGAUUCAGCAGAUGAGCCCGACCCUGAACCAGAUCUCAAGCCAGUUGACGCGCCGGACGAGCCUGCCCCAGGACCUAACGCCAUCGCCAUGCCCAUCAGAUCAGGCUUCGGACAGCGCGGUCUUAAGCCUCCGGCCAUCAACGUAUCCGCAGCGAACUCAUUCAGCCCAGGCGCACGUGAGCCAGCAACACCGUGGACUCCCAGCGCCGAGACGUUGGAGAGUCGAAAACGCGGCGAUGGCUACUCCACCCAGUACAACGAAGUCAUGAGGAAGAAGAGUUGGCGACCUGGGGGCCAAGAAGGACCAAGGGCGUCGAUUCUGGGAAGAGCAGGCGUAACGUCGCGGUCAUGGCAGUCUGCAUGGGCUUGUGGACGUCAAAGGUGGCCGCAAAGCCAGCCUCAAUCAAAAUUUCAUGGCAAUUGCUUACUCACGCGGUCUGAUAAUGGAGGUAGACGUGACUGUGGUUGUGUGGCUCGUUGA